AUGGGUCUGAUAAAUGCAGAUGCCAUCCGGCGAAAGCGCAAAGCUGUUAAUUGCGAGGAAUGCCGACGCUCUAAGUUGCAGUGCGAUCGUCAACACCCUUGUGGUGCAUGCAAGCGUUGCAAGCGCGAAUCCACUUGCUCAUAUGAGGCCCCUUCUGAUUCACCUGUAUCAAGUAAAAUUCGCAGGUAUCCCAUGACCACUUCGGCGUCAUCUGCGUUGAGUGGCGGAGCAGGAUCUUCGACUGCACCGACACGAAAAGGUGCCAUCUCUUCAACUUCGGAGUCCGAACAGACUAUAUCUGAACGCCCUGUGCCAGAGGAGGAUGUUAAUGACACACUAUCACCCCUUUCUAUAAGUCCUCGCAUCCCUCUCCAGGAAAUGAUCGACUCGCUUCCGCCGAAGUCCUGUUGCGACUAUCUCGUUUCACAUUUGUUCAAACAUAUAUCCGCCCUGUUCCCCAUUCUGCAUGGUUCAACUUUCCAAAAACAGUAUACGACAUUCAUGCAGCGCCCUCAAGAUGUCGACUUGCCUUGGCUAGCUUUGCUUUUCGCUUUAUGUUCCUUGUCUCUGAACACUCUAGAUGGAAGUGACCCCAGGCUAACGUGCGUCUGGUCUCAGCUGCCUUCAAAUCUAAUGCAACCUACAAGCACGGUUUAUAUCACGGUUUUUGUGUCUCGCCGUCUACUUCGGACUGCAAUGACCUGUCUUCUGCAUGGUGAUAUUUUGAUCCGGCACACAUUCAGCACCUUCGAGGCUCUAUUGAUGUCCCUGUUAGGAAUGGCGUUGAAUAUUGGCAUUGCGUUACGUUGCAAUGUAGAACAGAAGAACCUGGGCACCAUCGAGACCGUAAGACAGCGACGCUGUUGGGCUGAUCUUGUGACGUUGCACACGUAUCAGGGAAUGCUUUUCCGGGACUUCGAUAUGCCGUACCUUCUUAGCAUUCAAGUUCCUCAACUUGCCGAUGUUAAUGAUGUUGAUAUUACCAACGAAGGCAUUGUGCAGCAGUCUUGUAGCGAGCCCACACAGAUGUCCGUCAUGAUGGCGAAGCUUCGACUGUUCCGGCUUUCCACUCCGAUCUGCCAUCAUACCUCAGGACCUUCAUGUCUCGACCAGCAGGCCUUACCGGAAGAUCAAAAGCAGUGGGACGCGGCCUAUCUGGUUGAUGGCUCACCCAAUAUCUUGGAUUCUAAUCGCUAUGCUUAUUGGUGCGUCUUGCAGACGUACGCGCAUCAUCUCUAUCCUCUGCUACACCAGCCGUUUCACCAUUCCAAAGCAGAAAGGUGUAUUAGCUCUAGCGCAGCUCUGAUUUCCCUUCUCAGACAACUCUACGAAGCUCCAAUGCUUCGAAACUACUUCUGGUUGCUGAGUGGGUGUCUCCACGAUGACACGGAACAUAACUUGGAAGCUUUUCGAAAGGAGAUUGCAAGCUUGAUUGCCCGCAUGAAAGAUCUCCCAGGCCGAAGUCAUAUCUGUCUCAGAGCGUAUCGCAUACUCCGCCAUUUACACUCGGAGACCCCGUUCGAGAAUCUAUAUGAAGAUUUGACAGAUAUCCGAGAAUGGAUGGACCUGGAUCUGAUCGAUUGGAAUUUUGAUGGACAAUUCAGUGUCUUUGCGCCAUGA